UUCGCUUUAAACUUCUACUAUCACGUUAUAAACGCGAUAAAACUUAGGCUUAUGCUAAUAAGGUCUAUCGCUGUUCGACGAUCAUAACGCGGACCCGUCAAUCCUGUUUUUAAGCCUGACGUAAACGAGAUUUGUGAGGAUUGCAAACUGUGGUAUAAAGCUUCAAAACGCUCACGAUGGCAUACAUUCCCCCUUUCUCUCGAUCGCAUAGUCGCUGUGUGUUCUCAGGUCGAAGUAAACCGUCUUCAGAGUCCCAAAAAUUAAAUCAUUUAAAUAUAUUUUCAGAGACGAAAAGCAUCAUCUUAUCACUUAAUGGAUGCUGUUGUGUUGAUUCCUACCUCUGAGAGCUUCGAGCCCUGGAAUGACGACAAAAAAGUUUGUGAGAAGACAAACGCGGAAUUCAAACCCUUAUCUUGUGUGACAUUCUCAAGCCUCUUCAAGAAAGACCUUGAGGAUGCCUACAUAUUUCCUGAAAGACCAUCUUCAUUUAACCAUGAUGCCAAGCUGGUGAAUGAUGAGAGAUACUUAAUCCAUGACUACCCACCCUGGCCAUCAAAGUACAUUGAGCAGUUGCCACGGGAAUUGUGUGCCACAAUGGGAGAUGACCUGCCAGUACUACUGAGAGACCCACCCAGUGAAGAGCUAAAGGAACACUGGAGCAAAGUACUUUCCUUUUUUCCAGCUGCUGACAUUAGACAACUUGAUGAAGAAGACACUGGCUACAAGACAAUUGUAACAAAUUACCCUCUACAAUCCCUUCCUCGUGAGCGGCAUGCUGUGGACCCUGAUGCCCACCACAAGGUGCUCUGCAAGAGCACUAUUCCUGAGAUGGGUGCAAGCUGCCCGUAUCACAUGUCUAUUCAUGACUACACCAUUCCUUGCAUGAUCAAGGUGUCUCAUGGUAUUGCCGGGCGUGGUACAUUCAUGGCAAAAACACAAGAAGCAGCUGAAGCAAUCAUCAACACAAUGCAAAAUGAGAUGCAGUGCAAUGAGCCAAUUGUUACUGAGGUGAUCGAGGGCAUUACAGGAAAUCUCUGUGUCCAGUUCCAUCUUUUCAAAUCAGGGGAGACCCACUGGAUUGGUGCCACUCAACAGGUGAUCGGUGAAGACCUGGAAUGGGAGGGCGGAAUCGUGAACUGGAAUGAACAGGAAAAGCUGAAAAAGCUUGUGUUCAAGACAGUGCGACCAGUCAAGAAGUAUCUUCACAGUAAGGGCUACUUUGGUGUGGUAGGCGUAGACAUCCUCACCACCAAACAUGAACAAUACGUGAUCGACCUAAACCCGAGGUUUAACUGCAGCUCAGCGCUCCUCUUAAUGGCCCCUCACAUGGCCGCCAAAGGGUACCCGGUGUCGAAAAUGCUGAGAAUCCCAGACGUUAGGCUCUCGGAGAAAGAGUUAAUGAGAAAGAUCCAGAAGAUCAACGAUGAAGGUGAGGGCGUGGUCGUCACGCUGGGUAGUUACGAGUCUCAGGAUGGCUCGUCCCGCCAGGUCACCGCGUGUAUGUACGCGCGAACGGAUAAAGAGGUGCAACAUUUGCACGAGCAGCUCACCACUGCGUGCUAGAACCAGUAUUUCACAUUUGAAUUUUCACACAAAUUUAAAACAAAACCUAAACAUGGCGUUCUUUCCCGAACGUAUGAGUGACUAGAACUUGUACAUAUUAUAAAAAAAGAUUUUUUGUACCGUUUUCGCGGUAUAUAAAUAAUAUAUAUAAUAUACAUAAUAUAUAAUAUUUGAGUUGAUAAGGAUAAAUUUAUUUUUUGAAAUUAUUUAUAUAUUUUUCUAUAUGCACUAAUAAAAUUGUAAAGACAGA